AUGGGGCUACGCAUCGAACUGGAGAUGUUGGCGGUUCUGCUGUUACUGACCCCACUUGCGAGUGAUGGCCUGCUGGUGCCCAAGUGCUACCUAGUGGAUCAACUAAUGUCUGCUAUACCUGAAGAUGUGAUGAACCGGGAAAAACUAGUGGCAGAAAUCGUGUGCCAUGUAGACAUGUCAUCGCAUUUUAAUACCAGCUGCAUCACUCAGGGCCCUUCACCAGUUUACCCUAAAGAACGUAAGACCAGAGCUGUUCCCACAACUCCCAAGCCCCUUAAAACCACCACUAACCCCCCUCCUAAAUCCUCCACUUUGGCCACCACUAAACCCCCUCCUAAAUCCUCCACUUUGGCCACCACUAAAUUCCCUCCUAAAUCCUCCACUUUGGCCACCACUAAACUCCCUCCUAAAUCCUCCACUUUGGCCACCACUAAACUCCCUCCUAAAUCCUCCACUUUGGCCACCACUAAACCCCCUCCUAGAUCCUCCACUUUGGCCAAAACUAAACCCCCUCCAACAGCCUCUAAUUUUGCCACCACUAACACCCCUACCCCUAAAAUCAUGGACUCAACAACUCAUGAGCCCAAGAUCAAGCAGUCCCAGGAAAUGCAACCCGGUUCCAACUAUUCGGCUACUGAUUAUGUGAUGCUUCCACCACCACCUCCUCCCCAAUUCAACUCCUCGAUGAUAAUGUCCCGUAAAAGAAGAGGGAUCAGUGGACUGUGGACCCUAUAUGGGCUGUUCCAGUUGCCCGAUGGUAUCGCCUGCACCUCCUCACCCCCAAAACCCACCUUAAACUUCUGCAACCUGUCCUGCAAUAAGCUGAUUGAUGAUGACCUCACUGAUGACAUCAGUUGUGUCCAGUCCAUUAUUAACUCCAAAAUCCCAAUCACUGGUAAUAAGGACGAGGCUACGAGGCUAUUAAGGACAAUGAAAGACAUGCUCAUGAACAGUUGCCCCACCCUGGACUACACCAACUACCUUGCUGAGUGUAAACGUACAUAGACGCUACACCUGAUCAAACACUGCUUUCUUCAUGGCCAGUGAUGGGGCUAUUUCUGGGCUUCUCUUAUCAUCUGUAAACAAAUGAUGAAUUAUUGUAUACUGCCUUCAGUUUAAGAGAACGUUGACUCAGGUUUACUGUACGCUCUGAUGCAAGAAUUUUGACGCUAGUGAGGUACAUUCAGAAGUAAAAUACUAUUUUUGUUGUUUUAAUGCAUGCUUUGAAAAGAAGCUUCCUAUUCCUGCUAUGAUACAGAGAUUAAUAUAUGUUUAGUAGAUUUGAUAUAUAGAUCUAUAUAUAUCAAUGGGAAAGAGGAUGUCUGUCACUUUGUCUAAACAAAAAACUAAUAAACAUUGCUGAGUAGAUAUCCAAGAAAAA